CCCGGAGAAGGAGACGGCCGAAAAUGGGCGGGGCGGUUCCCGGGGAUCGGAAGUCAUUCCUUUUGCUCUCUCCCGCCCGCCCCGGCCGCGGGCUGGCUUCCGCUUCCGGGUGGCGAUUGUCUGUGGCGCGCUGUUGAAGCUGAGCGGUCUCCAUGGAGCUUUCCGGGGAGUACGUCGGUGGCGACGGGGAGCCGCGGCGGCUGCAGGUGUCCUGUGAGGCGUCGGGCGACGCGGACCCUCUCCGGAGCCUGUCGGCGGGCGUGGCCCGGAUGAAGGAGCUGGUAGCCGAGCUCUUCGGGUCCCUAGCGGAGGGAGACGCGCAGGGCGUGCCGGCAGAUCCCGACGACGCUUCGGACGGUGAUGAUGAAGAUGAUGCAGAAGAUGAAAAUAACAUUGGUAACAGAACUAACUCAGAUGGACCAUCUGCAAAGCGACCAAAACCAACAUCUUAGCAAUAGUUUUUAUGAAAUUAAGACUGCUACUAAGUUGAGUAAGAUGUUGUAAUCCCAGCUACUUUGGAGGAUGAGGCAGGAGGAUCGAAAGUUGGAAGCUAGCUUGUGCUACAUCAAGACCUUGCUCAAAAAAAAAAGGCCGCGGGAUAUUGCUGUUUUAUCAUGUGCUAGCACUUGUGGAAGACCUGUGCUCCAGUUGGGGAACUCUAGUUUCUUUCACUGGAACUUGUUACAGAGAAAACUUCCUUGUUUCUAACAGACAAAAGUACAAGAAAUGUUUGGAAAUGAAGUCCUGUUUUCUUAUCCUAAAUUAAAAUGGAACCAUUCAGAGUGGAUAAAAUCUAAAUUGACAAAUGAAAUUUUUUUUCACAAAUGCAUUUUUAAUGUUUUUCUUUUUAAAAAUGACCAUUGAAUCAAAUGGUGUUUGUCUCCAUCUUUUAGUGUUUAUAAAAAGUGUUUAUCGUGGUUCUUAGGCAAUAUUUGAAAGAAUUGGUAAGAACAAUAUGGUUUUGUAUAUGUAUACAUCUGUACAAGUAUAGAUAUGAGACCCGAGUCAAUAAAACAUGUUGCUUAAAACUUA